AUGGCUGACAACAAAGACAAGCAGUCUUCUCGGACAAAAAUCUCUCAGCUCAGUAUCUAUGAUGUUCCUCAUGCGCAAGCAAGGCCCACACUUGUCUCCGAGCCCAGUAAAUUGGACAUUGGCAUCAGCCGGACCAGGGAAAUCAUCUGGCGAUGCAGCGAUCGGGUGUGCAGUGUUUACCGUCGUGCAAGUAACGUAGUCACUCACGUACAGUCUAGUCCAGACCUGCAGCAUAGGCUGGGAAUAGUCGCACUCUCUGGUGCUGCUGGAGUUUUGUUUGCUGGUGCUCGUGCUGGCCGAUUUCAACGUAGUGUUUACGGCCUAGUAUUCUCUGGUUGCGCUACUACUGCUCUGUGGCCCCAGGAAACGAAGCAGACAGCUCGAAAGACCAUAUGUAUUGCACGAACCCAACUGUCGGAAUUUGCUCGCCCACCACCAGUGAAGUCUGUACCUGAAGCUGUGUCUGUUCCCAAAGAUCAUGCUGCAAGGCAGGAGCAGCCAGAGAUCAAAGCUGCUAGUGGGUCUGAGGAGGUGGCCCGAGAAGCUGACAGUCAGGAAGAUUUGGACAACGUAGAGGUGGUAGAUCAUGGGCAGUCCAAGGUGGAAGAUAGUGAUAUGUAUGCGAACAGAAGUGCCUCCUAA